UGCCUCCGUCCAUCCCAGAGGAGGGAAACUGACCCUCUGCAUCUCUGUCCACUAGUCCGGCUCGUCAGUAGAAGAGCGGCUCAUGUGGGGGAAACAGCCAUGAGAGAGUAGCUAGCAUGUAUGGACAAUUAUUGUAAAUGGCUCCUCUCAAAGGGAAACUGUAUCAGCGUUUGCUGCUCUUUGCCAUUUUCCUUCCAAUCUCAGGUGUUUUAAGCUUUAGCGAGUUAUUCUUCGUCAAGGAGCCCCACGAUGUGACGGUCAUGCGCAAAGAAGCGGUUAUUUUGGACUGCCAGGCGCGCGGAGAGGCGCCGAUCGACGUCCGAUGGCUCAGGAACGGAGCAAGACUGGUGGAAAACGAACGGGUGUACCUGCUCUCCAACAGCUCCCUUUUUAUUUCCGAGGUGGAGAGCAGAAGAGGAGACAAAUCAGACGAAGGGUGUUAUCAGUGCCUUGCUCAGAACAAGUAUGGAACAAUCCUGAGCCAGAAAGCCCAUCUUACAAUCGCAAGCAUGCCCUCUUUUGCACUCCAGCCGACGCCCGUAGUGGUGACCGAAGGCUCGGUUGCCAGGUUCUCCUGUAAAAUCAGCGCCCACCCUCCUCCCAUCAUCACAUGGGAGUUCAACCGGGUCACAUUACCCCUUUCCACUGACAGAAUCACAGUGCUGCCCAGCGGGGUGCUGCAGAUCCAGGGCGUGCAGCGAGCAGACGCCGGGCACUACCGCUGCAUAGCCACCAACAUCGCCAGCCGGCGGCGAAGCAUCGAAGCCACGCUGACGGUUACCCCAGCUCCUGGCCCGGCGCUCCCUCAGAGGCCACGGAUCAUCGCCGGGCCUCAGAACGUCUCUGUAUCGCUGCACCAGAGCGCCGUCCUGGAGUGCCUGGCCACAGGAAACCCCCGACCCCUCAUCUCCUGGAGCCGGGCCGACAGCAAGUCCAUCGACGUUUACAACACCAAGGUUUUGGGCAACGGCAACCUCAUCAUCACAGACAUCAAGCCCCAACACGGCGGAGUCUACAUGUGCAGAGCCACAACUCCGGGCACGCGCAAUUAUACCGUGGCUUCAGCCAACGUCACUGUGUUAGCACCUCCAUCCUUUGUGGAGUGGCCAGAGAGCUUGACACGUCCACGCGCUGGCACGGCCCGAUUCGUGUGCCAAGCCGACGGAGCUCCUGCGCCUCAGAUAACGUGGUUCAAGAACGGAGAGAAAGUUCACUCCAACGGUCGCAUCAAGAUGUACCACAGCAAACUGGUCAUCAACCAGAUCAUCCUCGAAGACGACGCCAUUUAUCAGUGCCAGGCGGAGAACGCGCUGGGAUCGGUGCUGGCCAUGGCGAGGCUCGUCGUGGUGAUGUCAGAGGACCGGCCGAGCGCGCCCAGAAACAUCCGAGCCGACACGGUGUCCAGCUCCGCCAUCCUCCUGGCCUGGGAGAGACCUCAGUAUAACUCCGACAAAGUUAUUGCCUAUUCGGUGCACUACAUGAAAGCUGAAGGAUUAAACAACGAGGAAUAUCAAGUAGUCAUCGGAAACGAUACGACUCGCUACAUUAUUGAUGAUCUGGAGCCGGCUCGUAACUACACCUUCUACGUGGUGGCCUACAUGCCCAUGGGAGCCAGUCGCAUGUCGGACCACGUGUUCCAGCACACGCUCGAGGACGUUCCUCUACGGGCGCCGGAGAUCAGCCUCACCAGCCGCAGCCCCACCGACAUUCAGGUGUCAUGGCAACCUCUUCCAAUGAAGCUGAGUCGUGGGAGGGUUUCAAACUACCGCCUGUGCUAUCGCACCAGUUCGGAGAGCGCUGUGUCUCAAAUAGAGCUGCCCGGAGAGAAGACCCAGCAUCUCCUGGAAAACCUGCAGCCCGACACCAUCUACCUUCUGCGUCUGGUUGCUGCCACCAGUGUCGGGUGGGGCGAGCAGUCCGCCUGGACGUCCCACCGCACUCCGAAGGCGUCGGGUGCUCAAGUUCCUCUUGCUCCGGUGCUGUAUCUGGAGCCUCUGAACUGCACCACUAUCUCAGCUCGCUGGCAUCUGACACCCAGAAACUCAGCCAGUGUGCGGGGCUACAGACUCUUCUACCACGAGGAGAGUCAACCAGAAAGCGCCCCACUUCAGCUGCAGGCCUCCGCUCAUAAACACACCAUUGGAGGCCUCGACCCAAGAAAGAAGUAUCAUGUCAAGCUCCUGGCUUACAGUUCUGUUGGAGAGGGGUACACAGCAGAUCAGACUAUCAGCACCCCCGGAUGUGUCUCUGUCCGGGAUCGGCUUGUGCCGCCCCCACCGCCUCCUCACAACGUGCAGGCCAGGUCCAACGGCUCCUCGGCUGUAUUUCUGCACUGGGGCCGACCCGCCUUCACCUCCAGCCACGCGGUGAACUACACCGUCCGCUGCAACCCGGUGGGACUGCAGAACGCCUCGCUGGUCCUCUACCUGCAGACAGGUGAACAGAGGCUUCUUGUGCGCGAUCUGGAGCCGAACACUAAGUACGAAUUUGCCGUUCGCCUUCAUAUAGACCAGCUCUCCAGCCCCUGGAGCCCUGUGGUGUAUCAGAGCACUUUCCCUGAAGCUCCCACGUUACCUCCUUCCAACAUCAAAGUGACCCUGAUCGAGGAGGACACGGCGCUCGUGUCGUGGAAACUCCCAGAUGAACCAAAUGUCGCCGUAACACACUACACUAUACUGUAUGCCUCGCGAAACGCCUGGAUUGCUGGUAAAUGGCAAGUGCUGCAGAGAGAAGGGAGCAUCACCAUGGCGCUGCUGGAGAACCUGAGUCCAGGCCAGGUUUACUUGGUAAAAGUUUCCGCGUCCAACGACAUGGGCGAUGGUCCAUUUUCGAACGUGGUGGAGCUGGCAGUGAGAGCAGAUCUCUCCACUGGGCACGAUAGUGGACUUUCCCAUGGCUCCACACAAUCCACAGGCUUUUCUGACGGCUUCUACCACCUGGACCAAAAGUCAAUGACGGGUAUCAGCGUGGGCGUCUGCAUCGCCCUGUCCUGCAUCAUUAUCUGUGCUUUCAUCAUCAUCUGCAGAGGCAAAAACAGGAAGCUAUCAGCCGUGAAAACCUACCGGGAAGGGGAAAGCGCAUCUGCUGCAGCCGCGAUGCAAGCAGGACCCGAGGGCGAAGUGCAGAACGCUGAAGUGGCCGUGCCGAUGAUGAGUCGAGGUCAUUUCAUUGACGCAAAGGGUGGAACCAGUCUUAUCAUAAAUUCGAACGGCCCGGUUCAGUCCAGCUCUGACAAGAAGAAGAAAUGGUCGUUCUUUAGAAGUGAAGGGAAACAGGACAGGAUACUUUUUCAGAACAAGAGUAACGCCUCGCUCUCUUACCUGCCGGGAGCCACCGUGCUGACCUACGAGGAGGAGCUUUCUCCAGACCACUCCACCGCCCUGCACAACCUGCUCGGACGUCCCAGAGACGCAGAAGGGUCCUCCAACAGCGAGGGCAGCCACGAAACGGGCGACUCGGGGCGCUUCUCUCAUGACGAGACGGAGCUGACCAACUCGGGCCCCAACAGCCGCCCGCCGUCUCUGACGGAGGAGGACGGCGGAGACCUGGACUGCGGCGGUCCUGCGGGGGAGCCGGGCGAGCUCAGGGUGAAGGAGUCGGUCGAGGCCGGCUGCAGCCGUCAGAGUGGACUGAGCGUGUAGCCGCGUCUGUGAGACUGAGUGUGGGAGCGAGCGUGUUUGAGGAAGUAAGGGAGCGUGUUUGAUGCAGGUGGAAAAUAGAUUCACACAUUUUUUGCCACAUCUGGAUCAUUUGGUGGAUAUGAACUAGAAUCCUGCAGAUAGCCAGCUUCUACAAAGGUAACAAAGUCCCUGAUUCCAUAUUAGCAACCAUGCAGGUCCAGGAAAUAAACCGGCAUGCAGCUUUCUGCUUUAGAGGAGAUUUUGUUACCUUUGCACUGUGCUGGGAUCGAUUGAUCUAAACACAGACAGGAGAACUCUGCCGAAAUGAUCCCAAGGUCUGACUGCGAGCGUGAGAGUUGUGUGAGUUUGAGAAAACACGGAAAAGAAGCUUCUUCACACCAUGAAUAGGAAGCCGACAAAAAUGUUUUCGUUUUUUUUUUUUUUUUUUACCUUUACUGUCUGUGAAUGUCCUUUUUUUUUCUUUCUUUCUUUUUUUUUGUGUGUAUAUUUUGAAACAAAAAAAUCUCACCCACCGUGAAUGUUAAAAGAUUGUCUUUAAAUGUCAAGAGAUAGAGGCAUUUCUGAGAUUAUUUAUGAGAGUUUAUCACUGGAGCAGAAGGGAAGCGGGAGUCCUUUUUUUGCUGAUGAUCUACCUAGGUUGGCCCGAGGGCAAACCUUUCACUAAAUAUUUAAUAACUACUUUUGUGUGCCCGGUGAGCUGCUUGGUGCUUGCCGACGACUGUGUCCUGCGUUCGUCGUCCCCUCGAUUUUGUGCGUUUGUUUUGAUUUGGCGGAUGACGAGGGCGCUGCAGCUACCUCCUCUCGCUCCACCUGCUGCGUGGAAUGAAGGCGCCGAACCCACACACACACACACACAUCCGCUUUGUUAUUUAAGCCCCUCAGAUGUCGCUGAGGUACUGAGCCAGUAUUAAUAAUGAUGAUUGUGUUCGUUUUUUUUGUCCGUUGGCGAGCAACGCUACGAGAGAAACGACGAAUGUCGGCCUUUUGCUCGGUAUGUCGGUGCGCAGCUGCCCUCGCUACUCGCGUUUUAUACUACCUCGUUUUAAGAGUUGCUUUUGUUGUCGUCUUCUUUUUCCUAAACUCAGGGAACAAAAGGUUUAGUGCGUUGUGAAAAGUCAUGUAGUGCUACAUGGCGAACUGACAGGGUAUCUUCUCAGUACUAAACUGUUUUAAUGUUUUAUUACCUUUAAUGGAAAAAAAAGCUGAAAAUGUAAUGAAUGUACCUCUGACGUCGUGAGCACGCUGCUCAGACGUUAGCUAUACCCCUUUCCCCCUUCGGCGUCUGUUUUUACAAGCCGCCGUGUUUCAUUUGAUUUGUGUAAACAUUCACACCAGAAGUGCUUGCAACGGCAUAUCUGAAGAGAAAAGCUUUACGAUUGGCCUUAAUGUGGGAGGCGCCCCUGGUCCGGGGCGAGGGCGCAGCGCCACGUGAGGAUGCGAACACAUGAAGAAUGAUUGUAGUGAAAGCGGUCAGGAAAAGCGUCUAAUCAGAGAUUCGAGCGAAGAAGGGAGGCCGUAAACGUUCUACCUCGAGAGAGAAUCUAUUUUUCUUAGAAGACGCCGUACUUCCGAGGAGUACGCGUUGUAGUUACUUUGUAGUUUUUGUUUUUCCUCCGGCUAGAGUAGGUGAAGAUUAGCACUUGUCUGCCACGUAGUUUCUGUCAGAGGCGAAUAUGCAGCGCUGACUGUGAAGCUAAUACCCAAAGAGUUGUUUGCUGAUUUAUUUGAGUUUAUUUUGGGCCUCUUAACUGAUCGCCGGAGAACAGAAAAAAAUAAUCAAAACAGACCAAAAUGGCGAACGGCGGCGUCAGCGAUCAGUUGAGGCGCCUCUCUUCAAAACAAAGCCUUGCACAUUAGUGGCCUUGGCCCGCGACGGACAGUCCUGGGGUUUGUGGGUUUAAAACUGCGAGGAAGCGUCCGGCUUCACGGAGUGACUUUUUAAUAAUCAAGAUUAUGCACACUGACCAAAUGUUCCUUCUGCAGAGUUCCUCAUAAGCUGCUGCAAACAGAUGUAGGUGAAAUUAAGAGAUAAAUACAUUAUAUUAGUGGUCUGUUCUCGCAGCAGCGCAGUGGCAUGCAAAUAUGCACCUUCUAAUUGUGUCUCCUUUACAGAAUAAUUUAAGAGAAUACUUAAUUAAGAAGAAUAAAAGUAUGUGGCUAUAUUCAGAUUUAUUGUCUAUAUUUUGAUAAUGUGUCUUUUUGAAGAGAUCACAGAAAAAUUUAUUGUGGAGUUGUUUUUUUUGUGUGACUGGAGAUAAUGUAGACACUGCGGGUGCACAAACUUUGUCAUGCCUCUGUGGUUUUAAUCAGAGGACUCUGCAGAGGACUCAAUCAUAUGAGACGAGAUGUGACACAAUCAGUUUCAAGUUCUUUUAAACGGCAAACAAUAUGAACCAAAGAUUUUAUUUCCUAAUCCUCACCGCUGCAUAUUGGCCCGAAUUCAGUCGAUAAAAAAUCUUACCUUUGUGUCAAAUGGCAUUAUCAGUGUUUUAAUGCUCCGCUUGUUUCUUUAUGAUGCAUUUUUCUGUAAGAGAGCAACCCGGGAACUGUCUUUAUUUCCAACUAAAUAAUGUUUUAUUCUUGUAAAAUCAAUAUGAGAUGUUGUUCUUCCACAAAGUUAGAGAUUAUUUCAGUUGCAACUACAGUAUUUUUUUUUUUUUUUGGAUUUCAUGUAUUUAUGAGGCUUUAAAGACCCAAUCAUGGAUCUGACGACACCUUCUUUAUUUCUUAAAGCCAACAGCUCUGUAAAGAGGGUGUUAUGCAGUGACAAGGAUAACUUCCUGCUUUUAAAAAGGAGAAAAAGUUCAGCUGUCAUAAAACCACUGCAGUCGUCCUGCUUCAUUGUUGGGUCUUUAAAAGCUAUCGCAGGUGAACAAGUGCUACCUCAGAUGUUUAUUCUGUCUUAUUUUUGUAUUCGGUGCAGAAGGUCUGCUGCUCUUCAUCUCAUUAAAGGUGUUAUGUUGGAAUGAUGUUUCUGUCCGAGGAUGUGAAUUGAAAGGGAAAACACUCUUCUUUUUUUCCCUUUUCUGAGCGGUGGAGCGCCGUGGGUCAUUUUACAUUUUCACUCAGGGGGACCCACGGCUACUCCCCCUCAAAAAAAAAAAA